AUGUCGGAAGCAAAAACCCAGGGAAAUCCCCUUCAGCAAGGCGCCAUGUUCAUGGCAGGGCUGACUCUGUUGCAGUCUCUCCGUGUGGCGUUAACUGGAGCAAAGUUUGCACUUGACAGAUUUAAAAUUCCUCAGCAGCAUGCCAGUUCGUUCAUUAACAUGGUCCAUAAUCCUAUGGAACUGGCAACGUUUACUGGCAUUUUUCUUAUAAAUGCUCUCACAUGGACAGGUGGCUGGUUUAAUGGUUGUGCCAAGUACUUUGCCGCUGUAACGAAUAUGACGCUUUGUUGUUCCUUCAUUCUACUCCUCUUUGCAUUCACGUCUGGAGGCUCGUUGGGCAAUCUCACCUUCUACUACUGGGCUAUAGUCUUCGCUUCAUUUAUAUAUGGACUGAAUGUGGCAUGUGUAAUGAAUGUGGGAAGUGCGAGUGCCGCCUUUUUCAGUGUAGGAAUGCCUAUCUCUGGAAUUCAAGUUUGCAUCUACUACUACGUCUUCACUAAGUUGGCUGAGUGGCAUAACUGGUCAAACGUUAGUUACUGGGUUAUUGUUUGGCAACUUAUCAUUGCAAUAGUGAUUGCAGCAGUCUCAGCUUCUGUAUGGAUUGCCGUUGCUGUUAAAGGUGGUGCCAAUAAUAACUCUGGUGCUGAUGCUAAACAAGCUAAAGAUACUCCUACUGGUGCUUGGUCUCCAAUUCUCAUGGCUAUGGUUGGUAUGGGUGGCAUAUACGCCUUCUAUCCUGCCAUUGCUCCUUACAAAUUGACUGACGUUGGCACUGGCUACACUGUUGAUCUUGUUGUCUUAUUCGUUAGCGCAGUUCCUUCUCUUGUUAUUGCAGCUCUAUGCUCAUAUAGUGAAACCAGUCCAGAUAGACCAUGGACCAGUAAGAAUACUGCAUGGCAUUUUACUUGGAUUCUGGCCAUUCCACAUCUUACUGCAAUGAUCUUGUGCCUUGUUACACUUCAUUACCCUGGUAGUGGACUAGCUACCUCUAUAAAGAGCAGUGGUUUAAAGGUUGGAGUCAUUACUGUUACCUUAAAGUUCUGCGAAGAGGGACUUAAGGCAGUAUCUUAUGCCGGAGCUGGUAAGCAAGUGGGUAAAUACUGCACAAAAAACUGCCGAGAGGACCAAUGCGGAUGCAGCACCGGAGGCGGAGCUUGCAAAUGUUGCUGCAAAUGCGAUGAAGGAAGUGGACAAUGCAAACCCAGCGAAUGUAAAAGCAAAGACUGCAAGUGCUGCAAAGAGAAUGAAGAUCCAUCUGGUUUUGGACAAAGAGUGGAACGUGGAUGGCAUGUGAGACAGUUAAAUCCUCUUGUACCAGUAAUGUCAGAUGCAAGGUUUUGGGAAAGUCUGAGACCUUUUUUAUUGUUUAUGAAGAUGAAGAAUUUUAAUGGAUCCUGGAUCGUUUAUAUUUUAAAGGCGAUGGCCAUCUGUAGGUCUGAGGAAAGGAUUCUGCAUUGUGCCUUAGCCUACUCUAGAGUCUUCAAAUACACACUAGUGAAGAUUAGAGUCGUUAUAUACACCAAUAACGUAGUUGUCUAG